AUGCCUCUUCUAGUAGAUCCAAUCCAGACAGAUCUAGUAUACGUACAAGAAUCAGAAGGGGUCUUAUCCCUAGGUGAGGGGAUUGUGCUACUUGCUUUUCUCUUAGUUGAAUUAUGGGUCUUUCUCUUUUUCUUUCCUUUCUUGUUCCGUCCUGCGCUAAGCAAGCGAGUCUUUCAUUCCUUGCUCAAACGGGCCGCUCUACUCCCUGUGUUCUUUCAACGUAGCAAGGAGGCCGGCGGAGAAUGCCAAGUCGGUCAUUCACACUCAGUCAGAGUCCAAUUUCCUAGCGGAAUAAAGCCAAAAGGGAAGUUAUGCGUCCUCACCUUUCAAUCGAGCAACUGCGUUUCUUCGUCUUAG